CUCGCCGUCCAGGACAAGCACAAGCGUUUCCCGCCCGGCUCUGCUAUAAAAACGCCCGCGAGGCUCGAAAAGGCGCUUCUUGAUGACAUUGAUCCAACAGCGGCGAUAAGGCAACGGGACUGAGAGACACAGAGAGAGAGACCCCCCCCCUCACGAACAGCUGCCUUCCCGGGCCAGCAUGGACUCGGACGCGAGCCUGGUCUCGAGCCGCCCAUCCUCGGCAGAGCCGGACGAGCUCUUCCUCUCGGCGCGGAGCAAGGCGGGCGGCGGCGUCGGGGGCGGCCUGGGGGGCUUCUCCUCUUCCUCGGGGGCGGCGGUGUCUAGCUCGACCCCCAGCGAGCCGGCCUUGGAGCUGAGCGCGUCCGGCGUGGUGCUGGUGGACAAGCUGGCCUUCAAGUCCCCUUCCUCCUCUUCCUCCUCCACUUCCUCCUCCUCUUCCUCCUCCUCCAAGAAGGACAAGAAGCAGAUGACGGAGCCCGAGCUGCAGCAGCUGCGCCUGAAGAUCAACAGCCGGGAGCGGAAGCGCAUGCACGACCUCAACAUCGCCAUGGACGGCCUGCGGGAGGUGAUGCCUUACGCGCACGGCCCGUCGGUGCGCAAGCUCUCCAAGAUCGCCACGCUGCUCCUCGCCCGGAAUUACAUCCUCAUGCUCACCAACUCCCUCGAGGAGAUGAAGCGCCUCCUCAGCGAGAUCUACGGAGGGGGGCACCACGCCGCCGCAGCUGCAGCCGCCGCCGCCGCAGCUUUCCACCCGGCCUCCGCCGCCGCCGGGUGCCCGGGAGGCAUGGUGGGCCACGCGGCGCCCUUGCCGGGACACCCUGCCGCCCACCACCCCCUCCUGCCUCCCGCCGCCGCCUCUCUUCCCACCGUCAGCGCCCUCCGCCCGGGACACGGCCUCCUCAAGGCGCCUUCCGCCGCUGCUGCUGCCGGCGCCUCGGCCCCCUUGGGCAGCGGGUUCCAGCACUGGGGAGGCAUGCCUUGCCCCUGCAGCAUGUGCCAGGUGCCCGUCCCCGCCCACCACCACCACGGCCCCGCCGGGCUGCCCAGACUCACCAGCGACGCCAAAUGAGCGCCUCGGGAGGGAGGGCGAACCCCGGCGCCUCUCCCGCUUCCACGGACUUGGCCUCCUCGGACUCGACUAGUCUUGACUCUGUAAAUGCGGGCCUUGGGUGCACUGCGUUCACGAGGAAACCUGGGCUCCUUGGUGGGGCUCCUCGGGGACCUUUUGGCCUCUCGUUGCCUCCUUUCUGAUCCGACCUGGGGACCCAACACACACACACAGCGAGUCCAGUCCAUCACAGGUCCUAUCACACAGGCCUGGGCAAACUUGGGCCUUCCAGGUGUUUUGGACUUCAACUCCCACCAUUCCUCACAGCCGCAGGCCCUCUCCUUUCCCCCCUCAGCCGCUUAAGCCCCAGUGUUUUGGACUUCAACUCCCACCAUUCCCAACACCCUCGGGCGCCUUCCUUUUCCCCCUCAGCCGCUUAAGUCCCGGUGUUUUGGACUUCAGCUCCCACCAUUCCUCACAGCUUCAGGCGCCUUCCAUUCUCCCCCUCAGUCGCUUAAGCCCAGGGGUUUUGGACUUCAACUCCCACAAUUCCCAACACCACCGGGCGCCUCCCUUUUCCCCUUCAGCCGUUUAAGAUGGGAGUUGAAGUCCAAAAUACCUGGGCUUGAGCGGCUGAGGGGGGAAAGGAAAGGCGGUUGAACGAGGCAGUUUCUCUGGGGUUGGAUUAGAUGGCCCACGAGGUCUCUUCCAACUCUAUGAUUCUGGAGGACAGCAUGGGACAUCCUGGCACCACUUUGAGGCCGGGACGGUGAUGAUGACCCAAACCACAGAGCAGUGACGCACAUUAAGGGCUUUCUUUCUCGAAGUCUGCCUUAAAUGGUCAGUGUAGAUGAGGUCUUUGAGCUGGCUGUUGAAGCCAAGGAAGGACUCCCACCAAGGCACUACAGCAUUAGGAAGAACUUCCUGAGGGCGAGAGCUAUUCUGCCGUUGUUUCCCUUCUCUUGAGGUUUUCAAGCAGAGGCUGAAUGGGCCAUCUCUCGGGAGUGGUUUGAUUGGGUGUUCCUGCAGGGCAGAACGACAGCGUUGGAAUGACUGGCCCUUCCAAUUCUCACACUACAGAAUGAAUCCACUUAAAAUCCGGUUUCUGCCUCCUGCAGAAUUCUGGGGUUUGUCGUUUAGUGGGGCUGUUAAAGGCUCUUCCCUAAACUACAAACCCCAGAAUUCUGCAGGAGGCAACAACCGGAUUUUAAGUGGAUUCAUUUUCUAGUGUGAUAAAGUACUAGAUUUCUAUGGCAAAUAGGGCACUGGGUUGCUGUGAGUUUCCCAGGCUAUAUGGCCAUGUUCCAGAAGCAUUCUCGACUGACGUUUUGCCCACCUCUAUCGCAGGCAUCCUCAGAGGCUGUGAGGUCUGUUGGAAACUAGUCAAGUGAAGUUUAUAUAUCUGAGGAAUGUACAGGAUGGGAGAAAGAACUCAUGUGUAUUUGAGGCAAGUGUGAAUAUUGCAAUUGGCCAGCUUGAUUAGCAUUGAAUAGCCUUGCAGUUUCAAAGCCUGGCUGCUUCCUGCUUGGGGGAAUCCUUUGUUGGGAGGUGUUCUUCUAAUGCGGCUCAAGACUUCCUUCCCCUCUGCUCCCCGGCUCCUCCGCCAAGCCUUUUCUGGGGCUCCGGGCCCUCUUCUUCCUUCCCGAUCCCUAAUCCUCCCUUUCCCUUUCUGUCCUUAACCAAUGGCCCGCUCCUGCUGCACUCUUCUUUUCUCCCUUUCUUUCCCAACAACCUCCCUUUUUUCCUCCUCCUCCUCCUCUUCUUCGCGCUGUCACCUUCUCGAGAGAUUUUUUUAUCACUUGUUUAUUUUUAUAAAUAUAUAUAAAAAAUAAAGAAAUGGAAAAAGUU